AUGGACAGGAACUCAUUCACAGCUUAUGGCCCAGCUACUGGAGCUAUAACAGAGUCCGGGGAGCAGGAAAAUGACCACACGAAGCCUCACACAUGGAAGACCUUCGCCAAGUACGCAUGCUUCGAAAGCGAAGCUGAGCGGCAGUGGUGGAAUGAUAGCGGAGCACUAAUUGCCCGGUUCCUCUCGCUAACAAAUGGCGAUAUAGACCAGCAAUACCAAUGUCUGCUCUUCGUGCGUCAAGUUCUCAUUCCAGCUUUGGGUCCCUAUCCACCCGUCCGCCGUUGCUGCAUCAACACCACAGAGAUCGGAAUGGAACUCAGUUUGAACUUCCAGGGUCCAGGGGAGCCCGUGUUCAGAGUGAGUAUAGACCCAGUCAGCAGAAUGACCGGCACACCUAUGGACCCGCUGAAUAUCAACACGGUGAAUAACAUGAUUACGCGAUUGGCGUCAAUGGGUAUCAAAGGCUUCGACCGCACGCUCCACCACCACUUCACACGCGAGUUCUGCAUGUCUGAACAGAGCAUGCAGAGUUACCAGAGAGACAGCGGCGAGGCAAUUGCAUGGUCGCAGACAAUCCUGGCAUUUGACUUCAAAGGUGGCGACGUCGUCACGAAGCAAUACAUUUGGACUCGACAUGCGGCACGUGCGAGCGGCUUGCAUCCCCAUAGCCUGAUCCGUCGCGCUAUUUCGCGGGUGGAAAACCAGAUGCAUUGCUCUGCAGCGGUGGAAUUGGUACUGGAGUAUAUGGAGACGUUCAACGCGGACAUCCCUGUGCCCUUCUUCAGCUGGGACCUCGUCGACCCGACCCAGUCGCGUUUUAAGAUCUACGGCAUUUCCUGGCAGUGGUCGUGGGCAAAGGCUGAAGAAGUCUGCACUCUGGGUGGGAAGCUCAAUCACCAUGAUAUUGACCUCCUGAAGAAGCUGUGGCAUAUCUUAAAGCUAGAUGAGUUUACACCCACGAUGGGCUUCACUUGGAACUAUGAGAUCCGGCCCGGCCAGCCCAAGCCAGAAGUUAGGCUCUACCUCGCUAUCUGCGACCGCAGCGAUGAGGAAGUUGCGCAGGCCGUGGUGCAAUGGUUUGAGCUACUUGGGUGGCAUGAGAGGGCGCAGUCAUACCCGGAAACACUGCGGUAUCUUCACAAAACCAAAUCUGCGCACACAUGGUUGUCAGUCACGGUCUCGGAAAAGGGUGUUUACACGUCGCUCUACUACCACCCUCUCGGCAAUGGGUCGGAUGAUUUCAAGAUCCGUGAAAACUGGUUUUGA